ACAGGGAAUGGAUGCUAUGCUCGUCUUUUUUGUAUGGGUCUGUUUUUAGUCUGUCACGUUUGUCUGAAAGCUUCUACAUGGCAGAUUAGUGGUAUUUGUUAAAACAAACAAACAGGUGCUUCGGUAAAUGUCAAAUGGUUGUCAGUCUUUUUUGGAUUUUUUUUCCAAACAAAAACUGGUCGCGAUUCUCUCAGCAGAUUAUCUGUAGCUAAACCUGUCAUUGAUACUGCCAGUGAGAAGUUGGAUUUAGGACACGUUUUGGCUGUGGAACCUGUUACAGAGAUGAAGGUCAGGGAUUGUCUGGUUUCUGCUCCUGGGAAGGCCAUCCUCCACGGAGAGCACGCUGUUGUUCACGGAAAGGUGGCUCUGGCUGUGAGUUUGAACCGCAGAACAUAUUUACACUUAAAAGCCACCUCUGAUGGCACAGUGUGCAUCAACCUCCCUAACAUUGACACCUUCCUCUGCUGGAACCUCUCCGAGCUGAAGCAGCUUUUGCCUUAUUUUUGUGGUCAAAGGGAGGCGGGACAGCGUUUGGAUUUUGAUCUUUUGAAGCGACUGCGUGAUUUUAUGGGUCUGACUAAUGGAAAUUUGGAUACCAGCAACAUGGCCACCUUAACCUUCCUCUACAUCUACAUGUCACUGUUUGGAUCAGGGGAGCUGCCCAGCCUGAAGGUGUCGGUGUGGUCGGAGUUACCGACCGGAGCCGGACUCGGGUCAAGCGCUGCCUACUCUGUGUGUUUAGCUGCAGCUCUGCUCUGUGCAAGCGGAGCCAUCCCAGCUCCUCUCAAAGAGUGGGAUCACACGGCCAGGUGGCAUCAGGAGGACCUGGAGCUCAUCAACAGCUGGGCGUUCCAAGGAGAGAUGAUCAUCCACGGAAAUCCUUCAGGAGUGGACAACACAGUGGGAACGUGGGGAGGCAUGCUGAGAUUUUUAGCGGGGAAGAUAAUACCGCUCAGCAGGGUACCUUUAAUAAGAAUCCUCCUCACAAACACCAAAGUACCUCGUAGCACCAAGGUACUUGUUGCCAGGGUGAAGGACAGAAUUAACAAGUUUCCACCCAUCAUGAUCCCCGUACUCGACACAGUUGAUGCCGUUUCCAGCACUUGUGAAAAAGUCCUUACAGAGAUGACUCGUGAGCCUAUCACAGGAGAGCACUACAAUACCCUAGAGGAGCUCAUUGACAUCAACCAGCAUCUUCUGAAUGUGAUGGGAGUGGGUCACCCCGCCUUAGACAUGGUGUGUCGGGUCACGUUGGCCAAGGGGCUCCACAGCAAGCUGACGGGUGCAGGGGGAGGAGGAUGUGGCAUCACCCUGCUGAGACCAGAAACUGACUCGGCGAUCAUCCAGAGCACGAUGCAGGACUUGAAAGACUGCGGCUUUGACUGCUGGGAGACGAGCAUCGGUGGACCAGGUGUGCAGCAGCAUUCCCCCUUCUCUAUCAAGGAGGAAAUUCUGGAGAUUUUAAAUCGUUACGGAGUUCCACGUGUGACUGAACAAGAAGACGGACUCACCUUAUGACCUCCUUUUGCUCGAGGCUUGAGAUUUACUGAACUAGUUCUGGGAGCUGAACUUGCCUAAUCCUUUCAAAGUCAUGUGACCUCUAUGUCCACUAGGUGGCAGCAGAGUUGCACAAAUAGGUUAGAUGUAUUUAGCUGUUUUUCACCCUAAUAGACACGAACAUUUCCUGUAGGUAUUAGUCUUAAAAAAUGAUAUUAUUGGAUUUUUUUAUGCAGAAUAAUGUUAAAGGAUUUAUUUUUCAGGAUAUGACCUAUAAACAUAAAUCAUUUACUAAGAAAUGAUAUCUAUCAAGGAUUCAACAAAGUUUCUUGUUUUAAUGGUGAUUUUGCUUUAAACAGAAAUGAUGAAAUAUAAAAUGAUGCCUCUGUGAUUCCAAGAAUAUUUCCCCCUUCAGUUAAACUGGUUGUGUUGUUUUGCUGUUAGAGGGAGGAGAAGGAAGAACAGCAGGAGCGCCGGGCCUCUCUGGAGGUUCUGGAUUAGUGCAGCUAUAAUGUGAAUAAACAACAAGCUGCAUCCUUCUGAGUUACACAUUUGUGCUGACACAGACACAAACACACGACAGCUUUCCCCAAAUUCUCCUCCCGUCUAAUUGCUCAUCCUCCUAAGCAUCACAAAAUAUGCUGUAAAUACCACGGAUGCAGGAGACCGAUCUGUUUUCCAGUAUCCCUGAUCUGUGGUAAAGGUCAUUGUGGGAUUCAGCUCAGUUUGAAUAUCCAUUUCAUUUUCUAUUUUUUAAAUGUCAUGAAGAUUGAGUAGUCCAAAUCUGGCAGUGUACGUGAAUAAACGCCAUUUGUCACCCUCCCUCCCUUUUUCCUGCCCGGUGCCCCCUCUGUCCUUUUGAAUUGUGUCAUCUUUAUGUCAGGGCAGCCCCCCGUCAGCGUGCUGCACAGUUGCCCGUAACCCCUGCUGGAAUUUAAUUACCACUGUGCUUUUCAAUUGAAAUGGCAUUGAGGAGAGUAGGAGGGGGGUGAGGAGGUGGGGGAGACAACGAAGCCAGUUUUAUUUGAAACCCCUCUUUUUUUAUUUUCUGUCUCAUUUUCUCUCAGGCCUUCUUCUUUUACCCCUGCAAGGCACAGUUGGUAUUUUUUUAUAUCAAUGUCAGUGCCUACCUCUUUUUGCUCUGAUGAAUAGAAUCUAAGGAGGACCUGAGAUUAUUUCAGAUAACCCAGGGAGGGAGGGAGGAAAGCGGGUCACGGAUAUGAGGAGCAUGUCAGAAUUAGAGAGAUACGGUAGGAACAGGGUGCCGCUAACAUCGUGCGGAGCGGCACGUACAAAUCAUUUAACAUUUUGGGUGUUUUAGGGAGUUUUGUCUGGUUGAAUCAAUGCGAGCGAAGCGAGGAUGAAUAAUUCAUUUUGUCCAAGCAGGAGGAAUGAAAUGCUAAAUGUGAAUUUGCUGAGUGGUCUUGCACACUGUGGCACAUUCCCUCUGGUCCCCCGUCAACUGGUGAAAUGCUUGUCAGGAACCAUUAAGAUUGAAUACAAAAUUAGAUCUGGCUGACAAGAUAUCAUGAUGCUGAUGUCCAGUGGUUUUUGCUAAUGGGGUUUCAGCAUAUGGCUACUCACAGUGGGCAUUUGCAUUCAAAUAUAUACAGGCCGCUGGUGCUGGAUCACCAUUUAUCAAAAAUGUCUGUUUUGUGUAUAAAUGAUUGGGAAAGAUUUGUGCUUCCGUCGUCUCUCUGCAGCAUCAACAUGAUGAGCUCUCCCCCGUCACGAUGGAGCUGCGUGAUCCUCCUGGGGGUGUCUGCCCUUUCAGUAAGUGAAGGCUAGUGGCUCCAGCAGUGGUCCAAUAAAGACAGCAAGGUGGAAAGAUAUCUCCAAAGAACUCACUCUAAACAGAUUACAGCUCCGAGUAAAUACGCAUGCAGGUGUAGUCAAGUCAGAAUCUCCAAAGAGGGCUGUUGGGUAUUUUUAUAAUUGUACCUUUUUGAGGCCUAAAAGACGCCCAUUUUGUGUUAUUAAAACUUCAUGAAUCUCUGUGUUUGCCAACUGUUCAUGAAAGGUUGAGCAAGGAUGUUGAUUGUGGAUUUCCAAAGAAACCUCUGUACCACUGUAACCUGAGAAGGCCCCGCCUUCUCCUCCAUCCAUUGUGAAUAAAGCCCCUGACGAACUAGGAGCACAUUGGGAGUGACGUGGGGAAGCCUCGGAGGAGGUUCCUCUGCGUUAACUCUCCAUAUUUUGGGGAUUCAGGGUAAAAUGUC